UGGCCUGCUCUGCUGUGGCAGUUGAUAAGGCCUCUUGAGGGUAAGACAACAAAAUUCUGAUAAUGGAGAAUGUGACCAAGAAAUCCGUAUCCGGAGCGGAUCUUUCGGCUUUUUCGAUGAAUACUCAAGCAGUGGCUAAUCCUGUCACACCGAUAAAGACCAAGGCGGCCUACAAACUUUAUCCCCCAAGCAUUCUUAAUGGAACGGGCCUAAAGACCAACAAACGUGGGAAACGUGCCUUGAAAAGGAGUUCCACCAAGAAGGAUGCUGAAGAAUUAACUCCACCCAUGAAAAAGAAAGGCAAAGAUUCACCACCAGUGGAGGAAUCACAGCCCCUGAUGGAGCAACCCACAAUGCCUGCUGAGGAUCGACCCACUACCUGUGAAGCAAGCACCAUGACUGAUCCUGAAGAAGUAACUCCACCAGUGCAAAAGAAAGGCGAAGAUUCACCACCGAUGGAGAAGACAUGGCCUCUGGUGGACCAACCGGCAAAGCUUGCUGAAGAUCAACCCACUACCUGUGAAGCAAGCACCAUGACUGAUCCUGAAGAAGUAACUCCACCAGUGCAAAAGAAAGGCGAAGAUUCACCACUGAUGGAGAAGACAUGGCCUCUGGUGGACCAACCGGCAAAGCUUGCUGAAGAUCAACCCACUACCUGUGAAGCAAGCACCAUGACUGAUCCUGAAGAAGUAACUCCACCAGUGCAAAAGAAAGGCGAAGAUUCACCACUGAUGGAGGAGACAUGGCCUCUGGUGCAGCAACCUGCAAAGCCUGCUGAAGAUCAACCCACUACCUGUGAAGCAAGCACCAUGACGGAUGCUAAAGAAAUAACUCCACCCAUGGCAAAGAAAGGCAAAGAUUUACCAUUGAUGGAGGAGCCACAGCCUCUGGUGGACCAACAUGCAAAGCCUGAUGAGGAUCAACCCACUACUUCUGAAGCAAGCUCCACAACUGAUGUCAGAGAAGCAACUCUACCCAUGCCGAAGAAAGGCAAAGAUUCAUCAUCACUGAUGGAGGAGACACAGCCUCUGGUGGAGCAACCAGCAAAUCCUGCUGAGGAUCAACCCACUACCUCUGAAGCAAGCACCAUGACUCUAGAGGUGGAUAGCCAAUAGAUGGCUAUCUUGAAGAUGGGAAAUUCCCAUUCCAAUAAACAAUACAAUUCAAAAUUAUAUUUUUAAAAAUAAAUGCAUUCCAGUUUGAAAA